AUUGAUUUCAGCACCCAACCAUGCGGGCUAUUCUUUUGAGUCCUGAAAUCAGGAGUUAGUUUUAUAACGUCGUUGAGCUCCUGUCCCCCAGACUAGUCACCGCUCAACUCCAUCGUAAAUCGUUGAGUUUAGUCGGCUAUCUCCAACUAUGCAUGUUGACCGCUCAACAGCUAUAGCUAGCUAGCAUUAGCAUUGCCUUCCCUGCCCGCGGGCCCAGAUGGCUGGUGUUUUCGAUAUUGACCUGGAGUCAGAAGACCUUAGCGACGCAGAGGAUGAUGUUUGUGACUUCACCGUAGCAGAGACAGACCUCGUUCAGACAGAAGAGAUAGAGCUGACAAGUGCCGUUGUCAACAGAGACAGUGAGAGGAUCGGACCAGACAGCUUUGAGCUGCUAAGUGUGCUGGGCAAGGGGGGCUAUGGCAAGGUUUUCCAGGUACGGAAAGUGCAGGGUGCACAGACAGGGAAGAUAUUCGCAAUGAAGGUUUUAAAGAAGGCGAAGAUCGUGUGUAAUGCCAAGGACACGGCCCACACGCGUGCAGAGCGGGAGAUUCUGGAGACGGUGCGGCACCCCUUCAUCGUGGACCUGCUGUACGCCUUCCAGACUGGGGGUAAACUCUACCUCAUCCUGGAGUGUCUCAGUGGUGGAGAACUGUUCAUGCAGCUGGAGAAGGAAGGAAUCUUCAUGGAGGACACAGCCUGUUUUUAUCUGGGUGAGAUCGUGCUUGCUUUGGGACACCUCCACUCAAAUGGAAUCAUCUACCGAGACCUCAAACCAGAGAAUAUCAUGCUGAACCACCAAGGACACAUCAAGCUGACCGACUUUGGCCUGUGUAAGGAGUCCAUUCACGACGGCGCGGUCACACACACCUUCUGUGGGACCAUAGAGUACAUGGCUCCAGAGAUUCUGACGCGUACAGGGCACAACCGGGCGGUGGACUGGUGGAGUCUUGGUGCCCUGAUGUAUGACAUGAUGACGGGCUCGCCUCCGUUCACUGCUGAGAACAGGAAGAAGACCAUUGAUAAGAUCUUGAAGUGUAAACUCAACCUACCGCCCUACCUCACACUGGACGCCCGAGACAUGAUCAAAAAGCUGCUGAAGAAGAGUCCUCUUCAGAGGCUAGGCUCCAGUGCGGCAGACUGUAAAGACAUACAGAAGCAUCCCUUCUUCAGACACAUCAACUGGGACGACCUGCUGAGUAAGAGGUGUGAUCCGCCCUACAAGCCAUGCCUGCAGUCGGAUGAGGACGUGAGUCAGUUUGACACGAGGUUCACCAAGCAGACUCCGGUGGACAGUCCUGACGACUCCACAAUCAGCCACCAGCACGAACACGCCUUCGCUGGUUUUACCUAUGUGGCUCCCUCUGUGUUGGAGAGUCUGAAGGAGGGCUUCUCCUUUGAGCCGCGGACACGUCCCGUGCGCAGACACAACAGCAGUCCACGCACCCCCAUCAGUCCUCUCAAGUUCUCUCUCCCCGGGUCGUUCACCAAGUCCUCAGGGGGAGGAGAGAGCGAGUCGGACCUUCUCUCCCAGACCUCGUUCCAUCUCCCGCCAACCGCCCCGCCCACCGACAAUGGCGCCACGCAGCCAAUCCGCACGCCGGGCCGGAACAAGAAGCAGAAGGGUAACCGGAGAUGAACUGGAGUAGGCGGAGUCAGGAGGAGUCUGAGCUUUUGGCCGCGUUCCAGGCUGACUACUUUGCAGUCGUGCCGCACGCAUCCACCAAUGGCUGAUUGCCACGUCAUCGACAGUUGGGCGCUGGUUGCUAUAUCAUACGAUAUGGUUAGCGGCUAUGUUUAACACCGAUCCAGGCGUUGUGACAUCUGGCAGAUGACUGCUAGUCUGUCUGGAACGCGGCCGUACUCAGGAGGCCCUGUGUUUCUCACAGUCUGGGUCCCAAACCCCAUACUGUGCACUCGCUCCCUUCCCCUUAUACCCUCGUUGACUCAUUCCUUUGAGGUCUGAAUGGGGGUGAGCUUAGUGGUCAUUUUGAAGAGCUACAGGGUGUGUAGGUCUUUGUUCCAGCCAAGCACUAACAUACCUGAUUCAGGUCUUGAUGAUUAGUCUAGUAGAAUCAGAUGUGGUAGUGCUGGGCUGGUGCCCACCUCCACCUGCUUUUACAUGUCCAGUUGUCACAGACCCACUAAGGGAAGUCAACAAGAGUUUAGGGAACGGGUUGAGUUAUCAGUUUGGGAUCCAGCCACUUCACUUGAAUGUUUCUCAACUUGCCACAUAAGCAAAGAGAACACCAACUACUGCCGAAGCAUUUGACAUUGCUGUUAUCAAAAUUUUAAAUGUCGACUUUGGGCAGAAAUAACAGCUUUAUAACUGAUCAAUGCACUGUCUUACCAGGUUAUUUAAUGCUUUAAAAAACAAAAACAAUUUGAUGAAUAAGACAUUUCACUACAGAAGUGGCAUUUCUUCCUGAGCUCUACAGUUUCUGGCCAAAAACAAAUCACGUCCACGUGUACUGGAGGAGUUCCUGGCUAGCUAAAUUGGCUAGCGUAGCUAAGGAACUAGCAACAUUGGUCGCGGCACGCAUGACCAGAAAAACACAUCAAUCAACCAUCAAAGGCACAGCUCGUUUUCUGUUUGGAAGUUGAGAAAUAGGCAGAGUUGGACCGUAUUUCGUUCCCAAAGUCGACCUCUAAAUGGGUCGUUUUAGGCUAGUGAUCAUGGUCAUAAUGCAGGAAUUGAAAGUAUUGAAUGACGCACAUUUCCAAAAACACUGUGUAAAAUAGACACUCGGCUUAAAGAUGGUCUAUCAAAAUAUAUAGUUUUUUGGUUUAUGGGAACGACCGCAUUUAUACAUGAGCUCGUAUUACAGCUGUGAAGCAAUCUGGCUCAUAUGUAUGAGUCCCAUGUGUCUGAAGCAAUGUUGAAUUAGCCUUUUAUUUUGAACAUGCACUCCUACCAUUUACUUUACUCAUGUCACACAGAACCAUAGUUCGAGCAAACCGUUGUAUAUGUGGGCAGACCUGGGUUCAAAUAGUAUUUGUUUUCUAAGCUCUGCUCGUCUGGCGAAAUGGGACCAAUGGAAUAGUCCCAAAAGUCGUCGUAACUCUGCCCAUCUGGCGCUCCAGUCAGGCUCAAUCAAAUGAUCAAAGAAAAUGGAUACUAUUUGAUUUUGAACCCAGGUCUGGUGCCAACGUGGGGCCCGUUCACAUUCUUGGUGAACUCUGUUUAUCCAUGGCUCUUUCAUCAACCAUCAUGUCUUACUGUUGUGAGGACUAGUUUUGGAAGACACAAGACCUCUAUGUGUCAUAUAUUUGGGUCUGGGGAUGGAAAUAAUAUUGACAAAUGUAUAUUUCAUUUCAAUAUAGUAUUAUUUAAUGGACUGAUGACAUGUUCUGGAUCAAAGUGGAAGGUUUGAUUUUAUUUUCUCUGGCUAAUGUGGUUGUGAGGAAGAUCGGGUUGCAGAAUCCUGAAGAAUAAAGACAUUGAAUGUCUGGA